UAAAACUCAAAAAAAAAAAAAAAAAUAUAUAAAAAAAUGUUUCGUAUACAAAAAUUGCUGCUCGAAGAAUUCCGUGAAAUCUACGAGCCUGUUAUAGUGGAAAACCCAUUCACACAAGUCACCGAGACUGGAGAUGGCAUUCGACAGUACCACAUAGGUCUCACGCCAUCAAAACUGAUUUUCGGCUGUGAUGAUUUCGAUUUGGUUGACCUCGAUGAUUAUGGCUAUCACAAUAUGGAUCCCGAAAUUGAGACAUUUCAGUUGGUCAGCCUGUUGCCGUUGCAAUUUCUGCGAGUGAAAUUCUACCGCAAGCAGGGACGUUGUACAAUGCGUCUAUGCAUUGUGGGGGAUGAGGAUAAGCCGAUGUUUUUUGAAUUUGGUGGGCAUAUGUAUAAAAAUUUAUUCUGGAAUACCUGGCGGGAACGCAUCGCCACACUGCGCCUCGCUCAGCCUAUGCUUUUCCACAUAUCCGGUUGUAGCCCGUUUUCGAGCACUGAUGUGCUGCUCGAGGAGGAGGAAGUGCAAGCAUUGGUGCAUCCCGUGCCACACUCCGUGGCAAGUUGCAUGAGUUUUAAUUAGCAAACAAACAGUUUAAUGUAUGUAUGUAUGAAUAUAUGUACUUCUAUAUAUGAUUUUAUUACAAAGUUAUAAAUGUGACAACAACUGCUUAAAAAUAAGAAUUAUUAAUUUUUUUUUUUCAAAAAUAUAUAUUUUUAUAUAUUACAGGAUACAUAUAUACGUUUACAAGUACAAAACAUAGAUACAAUAGCUCUACAAUAGCAUACCUAAGAAGACUAUUUUGUGAAGCUAAUAAUUGUUUUUGAUUGUUUAAUACACUGUGUGCAAUACAUACAUACAUAUAAUAUAUGUAUGUAUGUGUAUAUAUGCAGUUAUUUACAAUUUAUUUGAUACAGCUGUAAAGUACAUAUUUUUUCUACUCCUGCCAUAAUAUGCUUGCUUAACAAAUCGAUAUACAUUUAUUUUGUAUUAAAGUAUUUAAGUCCUCAAUAUAAAAACGUACAUAUGUAUUUUUUUCCUAAUUUAGAGAAAGUUUUAUAAUUUCUUUCGGUAGUUAUUUUGAAAAAUAUUUGGAACUCAUUUACAAUUAAAACUAAAACUAAACGAUACUGUGUACCCUUAUGCUAAGAAUAAUAAAAACAAUUGAAGAACUUUA